AUGGCUAUUACACUUCAACCGUCGUUGUUGAAUGAAAUGCGGCGGUUUGAUAUUGAGGUAGUAGCUCCAGAAGUUUCGGCUAUUCUUGCUUCAUUGGUUGUUCAACUGACCUUGUUGGAGAAGAUUAAAGAUCAACAAGCUUUGGAUCCGUAUCUCCAAAAGGUGUGGCUAGAUAUUGAGAGCGGGCGUGCCGGUGAUUUCAGUAUAGGGUCCGACGGCUCACUGAGGUUUCGAAACCGUUGGUGCGUGCCUAAAGAUGAGGAGGUUCAGAAGGCUAUCUUGCAGGAAGUGCAUCAACCUCCUUAUUGUAUACAUCUAGGCGGCACUAAAAUGUACAGAGAUUUAAAGGUGCAUUAUUUGUGGCCGGGGAUGAAGAAGAACAUUGGGGAAUUUGUGGCGCAAUGUUUGAUAUGCCAGCAAGUUAAGGCGGAGUGCUGGUUUCCGGUGGGUAAGUUGCAAAGCCUACCUAUUCCUGUUUGGAAAUAG